ACCUCCCUGGGUGACAUAUAUAUAUUUAAGCCACUGAGCUGUGAAGGUUGUGAAGGUAUGUGAGUUAUGUCUUGAAAAAUACACACAUAGUGAGCGCCAAAUCCCGGGAGUAGUGUUUAAGUGGCGGGCUUGUCAGCUGUCAAGGGCUCUGCAGCCCUUUCUCUGAAUCCAAGUUGUUCUUCCUGUGGACAGGGAACCGAGGCUGCGAACUGGGAGGAUGUGGCCUCGUGGGGGGCAGGGCCAGCGUGCUGUGAUGGGGAUGGGGCUGGGCAGGUUGGGGCUGCCUGCUACUCCCCACUCCUGACUCUGGGUGGGGACAGAAGGCAGAGGGAGGCUCCUGGCACCUGGGGCACAGGAAUCUCAGGCAUGUGGUCCUGAGCCUGUUUCCAAAAGCCAGACCCUCCUCCCCAGGGCGGAGAGACUGGGAGGGGCCCCAAUCCAGGCUCCGGGAUGGCCUGGCUGGCAUCUGGGGUUCCAGUGGCCCCUCUCCCUUGGCCCUGGCAGUGGGGCUGGAUACUGGCCUGCCUCCCACCAGAGUCCCCCCAGCUCCUCCCUGCUGUGGGCUGGCCUGGGAGGAAGGGGGUGGGGUGCACUUACAUUUGCAGGUCUUUCCAGCCCCUGGGGCAGCCUGAUUAACCAGCUUCUCCAGGGCCAAGCUGUUGGGGGUGGGGUGCAGCCCGAAGCAGCCAGACCAGCCCCUGAGCCUCCCGGGUGCUGGCGGCUGUCAUGGGGCUACCCUGGGGGCAGCCUCACCUAGGGCUGCAGAUGCUCCUCCUGGCGUUGAACUGUCUCCGGCCCAGCCUGAGCCUGGAGCUGGUGCCCUACACACCACAGAUAACAGCUUGGGACCUGGAAGGGAAGGUCACAGCCACCACCUUCUCCCUGGAGCAGCUGCGCUGUGUCUUCCAUGGGCUUGCCAGCGCCAGCGAUACCGUCUGGCUCGUGGUGGCCUUCAGCAAUGGUGCAGGGACUGCUGUGGGGCCUGGGUGAGGGUGACGGCUGAGGAGAGUGGUGGGCCCUAGGAGCCCCUCACCAGCAAGCGCCUUCAAUGAUUGAGCCCCUGUGGGGGCCUUUGGGAGAGUAGGUGUGGAUGAAUUGGGCUUUAUCUAAAGGGGUAAUAUGUGUAUUGAAAAAUACACACGUAGUGAACACCAAAUCCCGGGAGUAGUGCAAGUGGUGGGUUUGUCAGAUGUCAAGGGCUCUGCAACCCUUUCUCUGAAUCCAAGUAGUUCUUCCUUUGGACAGGGAACCGAGGCUGCGACCUGGGAGGAUGUGGCCUCCUGUGGGGGCAGGGCCGGUGCACUGCGAUGGGGCUGGGGCUGGGGCUGGGCAGGUUGGGACUGCCCGCUGCUCCCCACUCCUGGCUCUGGGUGGGGACAAAAGGCCAGAGGGAAGCUCCCCUUCAGGGGUAACAAAGUCGACUGGGUCUGGACUAUCUCUGGGGGCCCUGAGGGAGGAGGUGGCAUGGGGGGUCAGGGCUGGAGACUGGGCGAACACAGAACCCCCACUCAUAAGGACAAAGCUGCUUUCUCCCCUCCCACCUCCAUCUGUUCUCUCAUC